AUGCGGUUUAAAUUACAAUUAAUAUUACAUAAUUAUUAUAAACUCUUAUCUUUUACAAUAAUUUUACUUUAUUUAUUCCAUUUAAAUAAACAAGUAAUGACAUUAAAUUUUAAUGAAAUAUUAUUACGUGAUUCUGAAUUACUGAAAGUAUUAUCAACCUUAAAAGGGAUACCAAAAAAUAUGACAAUAUAUGAAUUAAUUGAUAUACGUAAAACAAUACCAAAUAUUGUUGAAAAUUGGAUUAAUUUUAUGAAUAAUGAACAAUUUUUACAUGAUUAUGAAUAUGGUAAAAUAUCAAAAGAUGUUUAUCAUGAUUUACAAAAAUCAAUAGUAUUUCUUCGUAUAGUUCCAUGUGAACUCAAUAUUAUUAAACAAUUAAAAUCUUGUUUUAUUAUUCAACCAUCAUUAAUGAAUUUAAAUCAUAAAAUUCAUUUAGCCACCUUAUCAACAUAUAUACAUUCAUGGAUUAAUCCAAAUCAAUUAAUAUUAUAUGUUUAUCUUAUGAAUUCAAACCAUCAAAUCUAUGAACAUUUUUAUAUUCAUUUAAAUAAUAAAUUAAUAAAAACGAAUAUAGAAUAUUUAAAUAUCAAAUCAACCCAUCGUCAAGUGAUAUGGGAUAUUAGUUUAAUGAUUAAACAAUUACAAUAUUCUAAAUAUGAUUUAAUUGAUUCAAUAAUAAUGACAUUAAUUAAUAGAAAUGAUAUCAAUCAUAAUAUAGAUGAUAUCGAUUUGAAUUAUAUUGAUUUAUCCAAUGAAUUUCUAUGGAAAUCAAUGAUAAUCAAUAAAAAUGAUACAAUCAAUAAUAUACCAUUGAAUAAUCAAUAUGAAAUAGAACAAAAUUUGAAUGAAAAUAAUAAUAAUGAUAAUAAUAAUCUUAAUUUUAUAAAUGAUCAUGAUUAUGAUCUUAAUUUUACAAAUGAGAAUAAUAAUAAUUAUGAUGAUAUAAAUGAACACGAUGAUCUAAUUAAAAAAUUCAAUAAUCAAUAUAAAACUAUAUUGAUUAAAAGAAAUAUAAUAAAAUCUAAUAAUAAUAAUAAUAUUGAUAAUAUAUUAAGUGAUAAUACACAAAUUAUAUUAGAAAUGAAAACAUUAAGCAUUAUACAAUUAGAAAAUCAAUAUUUAUUAAAAAAACGUUUAAUACAACGAUCAUUUUUAAUUGAAUCUACUAAAUCAUCAAUACAACAUAUAACACAAUCAUGUCCAAGUUUUUUAGAUAAAAAUAAAUAUGAAACAAAAUGUUGUUUAUUUCGUUAUACAUUAAAUAAAAUGCAAAUGGAUCAAAAUGAUAAAUUAAGAUUUAUUAUAUUUCCACAUCAUUUACCAAUAAAUAUGUGUCAUGGUAGAUGUAUUGGACUUUACAUGCCGACAGAUAAUGCUCACAGUAUUCUAAUGAAUCGUUAUUUUUCUGGACUGGGUUCUGUGGAACGAGAAGCUAUCUAUAAUUCAAUGCCAUGUUGUGCUGCCAACGAAACAAUACCAUUUACAAUACUUUAUAAAGAUCAUAAAGAUCAGCUGGUCACGGAAACUUUGCCUAAGGCUGUAAAAACAAAUUGUGCAUGCAGUUGAAUCAUAUUAAUACAUCAAUAUGCACCGAAGUAACAAAACACAAAUUAUACACAUACUACUGAAUAUUUAGUAGUAGGCAAUCAAUUGUUUUGAAAAUAAAAUAAAGCAAUAUUGUUAAAUUUCUAA